UACGAGUUGCCAUUCGGGGGCAGGCAGGGCAGCGAAGAGAGCGGGUGGCGGUUGCUGCGGCUCGCGCGGGCAGGCGCACGGGGCUUGCUGCGGACCCCUCCCCCCCCAUCGCCGCGAGGGGCAGCGCUAUACGAUGUGAACGGCUGCGGGGCUCCGCAGCGCGCCCGACGGGCGGCGAUGGCCAGAGCCUGGCGCGGGAGCAGCCGCCGUCGCCGAUAGGAAGCGCUGGGGUAGCCGGGCGGCGCGGAGAGUCGGUCGGGCCGUGAAGCGCUUGUCCCGUCCUGCCUGUGGGGAGCCAGCCGGGGGCAGCGCACGGAGCCUCUGCCGGGACUUGCGACCCCCGCCUGCCCGCCAUGUCCUCCUCGUCCAGCUCCUCUCAGACCCCGCCCGGGCACCACCCGCCGCAGAGGAUGAGGCGCGGCGCCGCUGGGUCACCCACCGCGGCCAGCGGCGCCGCCGGCAACGGUGCGGCGGGAGGUGCCGCCAGCAGCGCAGGGACCAGCCGGCUGCUCCAGCCCAUCCGAGCGACCGUGCCCUACCAGCUCCUGCGGGGCAGCCAGCACAGCCCGACCCGCUCCCCUUCCGCCUCGGUGGGGAGCAACACCGGGCCGGCGGGCGGCGGAGGGGGCCGCGGCAGCAGCCCGCCCAGCACGACGCCGCCGCUGGCAGUGGCUCCCCCCCCGGGAGGCGGCGUGGCGGACCCAGGGAGGGUGAAGGGCAGGCAGCGGCGCUCGCCAGAGAGCGGUGGCAGCAGGAGGAGCAGCUCACCUGAGAGACGGAGCCCCAGCUCCCCGGUGUACAGAGUGGACAGGCCAAAAUCCCAGCAAGUUAGAACCUCUGGUACUAUAAGGCGAACCUCUUCUUUGGACACAAUAACAGGACCUUAUCUCACAGGACAAUGGCCUCGUGAUCCCCAUGUACACUACCCUUCAUGCAUGAAAGAUAAAGCUACUCAGACACCUAGCUGUUGGGCAGAAGAGGGAUCAGAAAAGAGAUCACAUCAGCGUUCAGCAUCAUGGGGGAGUGCUGAUCAACUAAAAGAGCAGAUUGCCAAAUUGAGGCAGCAACUCCAACGCAGCAAACAGAGUAGUCGUCACAGUAAAGAAAAAGAACGUCAGUCACCGCUCCAUGGCAACCACAUAGCAAUCAGUCAGACUCAGGCGUCUAUCUCAAGAUCAGUCCCUACGCCACUGUCAAAUAUUUCAGUGCCAAAAUCAACUGUUUCACGUGUGCCGUGCAAUGUAGAAGGAAUAAGCCCUGAAUUAGAAAAAGUAUUCAUUAAAGAAACCAGUGGAAAAGAAGAAGUAUCCAAGCCUUUGGAUAUUCCUGAUGGUAGAAGAGCACCCUUGCCUGCUCAUUAUCGUAGCAGUAGCACGCGUAGCAUUGAUACACAGACUCCCUCUGUCCAAGAGCGCAGCAGCAGCUGCAGCAGCCACUCACCAUGUGUCUCUCCCUUUUGCCCUCCGGAAUCUCAGGAUGGGAGUCCUUGCUCAACAGAAGAUUUGCUAUAUGACCGUGAUAAAGACAGUGGGAGUAGCUCACCGUUGCCCAAGUAUGCCUCAUCUCCCAAACCAAACAACAGCUACAUGUUCAAACGAGAGCCCCCAGAGGGAUGUGAGCGAGUGAAGGUCUUUGAGGAAAUGUCACCAGCACUACUGUGGCUAUGCUGUUGGUUGCAUACAUAGCUCCUGUGGAUGGAAGGAGCCAGGAGGGCAUGUUCUGCUCUAGUAGCAUUCCCUGCUGGCUAAGGAGCUGUGGUGUUGGAUUCUGGAGGAAGGCUCCAAACCAAUAUAUGAAGAUGAGGAAAGGAGAAUUUUAACUUACGGAGUUUCUCCAAAAAGGGAUUUAAUACUCCUAAAUAUAUGCUGCUGUUUCAAUAGUUUUGUCAAACUAAGAUGUCUAAGUUCAUCAUUAUAAACUAUCAUGAUAUUUUUCCAUGUGCAUAUAUACUGUAGAUUUUAUUGCUGAAAACUGCAUGUUGUCCAAUGGUAUCCAGUCACUUUUGUUAUAAAUACUAUUUUAAUGCUGUGGAUCAAACAGUCAACUGACUAUCAAUAUGGAAGAUGUUUGCCCCUUUAUGUCCAAUUAACCCCAUUCCUUGUCAUUCACAUAUUAGCAAUUUGUAGAACUACAAAAUCUAUUCACAUAGUAAACUUUUUCAGUUUGUCAGGUGUAUAAUAAUUUGUCUCGUUGUAGGUCUCGUCAGCCUGUCUCAGCCCCGCUCUUUUCAUGCCCUGACAAAAACAAAGUUAAUUUCAUCCCAACCGGAUCAGCUUUCUGUCCUGUAAAACUUCUGGGUCCCCUACUACCUGCUUCUGACCUGACUCUCAAGAACUCUCCAAACUCUGGUCAAAGCACAGCUUUGAGCACUCUGACUGUUGAGCAACUUUCAUCUCGGGUCUCCUUCUCAUCUCUGUCAGAUGACACCAGCACAAUGGACUCUACAGAGGUCUCAGAACAACAGCCAUCCCAACAGCAGCAGCCGCUUUUGCAGGAACUUCAGAUUGAAGAACUCUCCUCUCCUCAGAGUUAUGUGAUAAUCUAGACCAAGGUGGAGCAGGCCUCUGACCUGAAACAAGGACUGGGGAGUCUAUACUAAUACAUCUGCAUGGAGUGGCAACCUUUUCAGAACAAAACAAAAUACUUAUCAGCAUCUUAAAAAUAUCUCAACACUGUUCUUGGCAGGGACAGAACUCAUAUUCAGCAUUUUUUUGUGAAAAAGCAGUAAUGCUUGCAAAAAACAUGUAUCAUUAAGCAUUUAAGUGGAGACUAUGCAUUUCAUAGUAUGACCAGAUUAGUACUGUGUCCUGUGUUCUGUUUCAAAUUCUACAGUAUAAAUAAGCUCUGUAUCAAAAAAGUUGCCUGUCUGAAUAGAAAAUGUCUUGCUGUGUUGUGUCCUAUGGAAAAUACUGUACUUCAGGAUUAUGUUUACAAUUGAUCCAGGUGUUUAUGUUUCUAACUUCUGUAAUACAUACAAUGCAAAAAAAAAAAAAAAUGGCCACAACAGUUGCACAGUGCCCGCCCUAUGGCCUAGCUUCAGGUACUUCUCUCGAAGUCUAAACUCAGGUAACUUGGAAUGUAUAUCAUAUUGGGAUAUAAAUAUUUUACAGCUAAAAAGCUAAAGAGGGAACAUCACUCUUUUGCCUUUCCUUAUUUUAUGCAUUAAUAUUUCCUCAUUACAUUCCACUUUCUUGGAAUAAGUGCAUUCAAAUCCAGGAGAAUGAUGACCCUGGACAUGGGUGAACAUGAGGAGAACCAGCAAACCAGUGAUGUACAACAUCACUUUGUCAUGUGGUUACAAGUAAAACAACUGUUGCAUUUACUGUCAUUUCAGUAUAUGUAAAAUGUGGCAUUUAAAGGUUUCAGGUGUUGCUCAGUUAAUGACUGUUAUGCUGUUGCAAAUAAAGUGUUCAGUACUAGGCUGUACAUAAGAAACAUUCCACGUUUUGUGUGAAACAAUUUUAAAAGACAAGAAUGUUUUUGUUUAAUUUCAGAAAAUUCAUUCAGGUUUCACAGGGGUUGGUGGGGAUUUCCUCUCAUGUUUAUGUUGGCAGUUAAGGAUGUUAAGGCAGUUAAGCUACUGUUACCAUCUAAGAGUCGAAUUAAUGUUUAGUUUCUCUUUUGGAAAUGUUCAUUCAUUUGCUGGUUGGAAAUUAGGUUUCUCAGAUUUUAUCAAGCAACACGAGCAGCAUUCUGUUUGCAUAGUGAAUAAUUCUGCUUUUGGACUAAAAUCCAAAAAGAGCAAGUGGAUGUUUUAAAGGAGAGAAGCAAUAGUUUGCCUAAUCAGAGCUUCUGAUAGUACCCUAAUUUACUUAAAUUACUACUGUAUAAAGUUUUUGCAGUUAAAAUGUGGGUAAGAAACCCUAGUAAAAUAGUUUGGGGCUUGCAGGCGGGUCACCUUCUCAAAAACAGUACAUAGCAAGAACUGUUUCCUAAUAUUCUUACUGUGCUGGAACUGCAAAAGCAUUGCUUUCAGAGAUAAUUUCCUGUGAUACAAAGAGGAGCCCAGAGGCAGAAUAAACUUGAUGUUCUUGCUCCAUUGGUUUUAGCUCAGUGGAAUUAGGUUUAUGUUGUCUGCUCCGAAGAGAAUGUGGUUUACCUUUUCCCAGGAAUUGGAGAGUAGCCACCUGCAGCUACUGCAGCAUUUAAAUUCAUGCCAUUGCUUUUUUUUUUUUUUUUCUGUUGAUGAGGAAUUGUGGGAAAAGACUUAAGAUAGCACCACCAAUAACUACUGACAAAAUUGGAAAAAAAUAUCCUGCACUUGUGUAUUCUUUUGAGAUAAAGAAGCCCAGUUCCCUUCUGAACGUUUUUUUAGUGUUGUGUUACAAGGUGUAAACCUGCAGCCUGUAAAACAGUCAGUGCUCUGACUGUAGGAUGGAGCUGCAAAGAGAGUGUAAGGGGGGAGGUCUGUUUAUUUUUACCAUUUUCGCAUGAAGAACCUUUUUGAAGCCCUCACACAGCAACAGCCAUCUUGAACCCUACUAAUCUCAGGCCUUGGUGAAAACACUAUAUAUUUUGUAGAUUGAAGUUAAAGG